AAGUUUCAUGCUGCGGUGGUUUGGGGAUCUGAGAACAUUACGCUAUCAGGGUGCUACUUAAAUUCGGAUCAUAUACCCCAAAUGUUUAUUUCUACAGCAUAACGCCCCCACUAUGUUAAAAGGCGGAGUGAGACAGAGAGAGACAAUCCUGGGGUGCUAUAAAGAUCCCCAGAAGCUAACUGUGUCAGAUACAAAUUAUUUUAUUUACAACGUUAAGAAAAACAGAGUUUUCUAUAUAUAGUCACUGUAGUAUCGAUUACUUCAUAAUAGCCCGGGGCAGUUCCUUGCGCAACUGGGCUGUAGAAAGGGAUGGAUUGUGUUACCUUUGGUUUUACAUAAGUGUUUCCGUGUGAUGGAAAAUUCUGUUGUUCACUCAGCUGGGGUGAUGAUGUCUGAUUGAAGUGGGAGCGCGUGAGGCGGUUCUCCCAGGUGACUUAUUUCUAAGCAGUUUUUGGAACUCCCUGGCGGUAAGAAAGAGCAGCUAGGCCACCAAGGGUAUAAACCCGUCAGCUGGCAACGGGUUAGAAAGUAUGUACGAGGGGUUCUGGACGGGCGCCAGCUGUUCACAGCUGUGCUGAGGAGCAAGGAAAGCAAGAACUACUGCUCCGAACCAAAGCUGUGUCUCGCAAAUGAAGGGCGCACCGCGGUGCUUUCAGCCUCUCACUUCAAGGCACAGUGACACAGCUACCUUCGACACCCAAGUUGGGCCAUUCGCUGAAAAAGGAGGGGGAGAAACGCUCCACGAGUAUUAUUUUUUCCUGGCCAGCAGCUUCCGUGUCCACAGAGUGUGUGUGGCCCCCUGGCUAGCGUACACUUACAAUCGUUAGGAACCAGCCCUCCAGGGAAUAGGUGGACGGCAGUAAAGGACGGUUCCGAGACCGAGGGGAUACCAUGUUCACGAAACUGUUCCAGCACUGGAGUUUCGCAGUCUUCCUGCUGAGUUAUUCUGUCCCCUGUUAUGGGAGAUCAGUGGAAGGGACAAGCCGCAGACUCAAAAGAGCUGUAUCAGAGCAUCAGCUACUGCAUGACAAAGGGAAGUCUAUCCAAGAUCUACGAAGGAGGAUCUUCCUUCAAAAUCUCAUUGAAGGUGUUAACACAGCAGAGAUCCGGACUACUUCAGAAGUUUCUCCAAACCCUAAGCCUCCAACUAACACAAAGAACUACCCUGUCCGAUGUGGCAGUGAAGAUGAGGGUAAAUACCUAACUCAGGAGACAAACAAAGCUCAGACAUACAAAGAGCAGCCCCUGAAGACAUCAGGAAAGAAGAAGAAACCAAAGCCUGGAAAACGCAAGGAACAAGAAAAGAAAAAGAGGCGAACCCGCUCAGCAUGGCCAAAUUCUAGAGAAUCUGCGAAUGGAAAUGAAGGGGUCCCCCUCUUGGACAUCUCUGGUACUACACAUGAUCACAAUUUAAGGAGGCGUUGAAUUUUCAGUUGAGAUCUUUGGAAAACGUAUUGCAGUAUUCUGUAAUAGUGAACAUAUGGAAAGUAUUAGAAAUAUUUAUUAUCUGUAAAUAUUGUAAAUGCAUCGAAAUAAAACCUCCUCCUCCCCAUUGCUCUCUGAAACUGCACAUUUGGCUAUUGUGAUUUUUUUUUUCUUUUUUUCUUUUUUUCUUUUUUUUUUUGCUAAGGCUAAGCCAAUUAUUAUUGUCACAUUUACCAUAAUUUAUUUUGUUGAAUGGUGUAUUUAUUUUGUGAAAGUAUCUUGGUGCUGCUGACUUUCUAUACAUAUAUAUAUAUUGUAACAUAAUGCACUUUAGAUAUACAUAUCAAGUACAUUAAUAACUGACAUCAUAAUAAAGUGUUCCUCUUUUGUGGUUGAUUUUAAAUGGAUGCCUAUGAACAACUGUUCAACUGAUUUUCCUCUGUGCAUGUAAAAUAGCAAUAUUUUAAAAUUUGUAAAGAAUGUUUAAUAAAAUAUAAUCUUAUGAAAUCAUGA